GAAGAACAUUGCAUAUCACUUUUGGAUAAACACUGGACAGUCCUAGAGGAGGAGGGAGUUGUUUUUGCCUCAUAAGUUCAAAGUUCAUGGUCAGCUUUAACACGUGGAGCACUUCCGAUCUGUCCGUGUGUCCACCUGCAGCUCACAUGUCUGGCUACACUCACUUCUGCAAGUGUCACAGAGGUGUCUGGUGACCAUUGCUCUCUCUCAUCUCACACUCACACUCAACUAAUGGACUGCUUUGCCCCUCCCCUCCUUUUCUCCAUCUCGGACUGGGAGGUAGUGAGAGGAGGAGAGGAGGCAACAGCCCACCGUUCCCCUGGGCCCUGCUACACGGCUCAAUAGCUCAGCUCCUGGAUGGGAUCAUAACCCUGAGUGCUGGCCAAGAGAAGAGCCACUUCUCAUCACGUCCAGAGUUCCUGCUGCAGGGUGGAGUUUCCUCCAGGAGAACAAACUCACUCCAACCCCAUCAUGGCUGAGCGUAGGGUGGCCCCGGUUGUGGUAUUGCUUCUUGUCCUGGUCGCACCAGCCCUGAGCGGAUGCCCAAUCGCCUGCCGCUGUUCCUUUGCCAUGCUGCAAUGCCUAGAGCUGGACGGGAUCACCAGCAUCCCGGCAUUGGCGCCACAGGAGGGCGAAAACGUCACCGAAAUCUACAUAGAGAAUCAAGCAAACCUGGAGAACAUCACAGACAUAGACCUUGCCAACUACAGAGAACUGAAGAACCUGACGGUCACAGAUUGUGGGCUGGUGUACAUCUCUGAAAAUGCCUUCCAGCAUAAUUUCAAGCUGCAGUAUGUAAAUCUGGCCUCUAAUUUACUGGUGCACAUCAGCUGGAGGGUGUUCCAUUCGGUCCCUCUGUUGAGUCUAAUUUUGAGGGACAAUCAACUCACCUGCUCAUGUGACAUUUACUGGCUUCAGCAAUGGCAUAGAAAAAGACAAAGUGAUAUUGAUUCUCAACAAAACUGUAUUUACAAUGGCAGCAGCGUUCAGCUGGAUUCAUUCGAAAUGGAUAACUGCAGUGUACCUGAAGUCAAAAUCGACCCACCGACACUGACCACUCAAGUAGGUGGAAACCUGACAUUUACCUGUCUGGUGAGUGGAGUACCAACACCGACUAUCCGCUGGAGAACUGAGCGCCUAAACUCCAGCUGGACUCUGCAGCAAGAAAUCCGAGGCUCAACUCUGGAGCUGGUUCUCCACAUGAGGAACGUGUCUUCUUGGGACAACCUGCACAAUCUCACCUGUGAGGCGGAGAAUCGUGCUGGAAUGGAUGAAGCCACAGUGCAGCUGGAUAUCGAAUUUCCAGUGCGGAUCUUGUAUCUAAAGGACCCAGAACCACAACAUCACUGGUGUUUCCCAUUUGCUGUGGACAGCAAUCCUCCCGCCACCAUCAAAUGGCUGUACAACAACACGCCUCUCAUCGAAACCCGCUACACCUACACCGAACUGAUCAGAGACGUGGCCGAUGGCUCCGUUCAACACGGCUGUCUGUUCCUCAACAAGCCCACCCAUCUGAACAAUGGCAACUACACACUCAUCGUGGAGAAUAAACUGGGUAGGGACCAGGCUACGGUAAACGGGAAGUUCAUGGAUAAUCCUUUUGACCCCCUUGACCCAGAGGGCAUCAUUCUUGUCCUCCCUGACGACCCAACAGCUCCCACCAACCAAUCAACAGAGACGGAGAAACUGGAGAACAGAGUGUUUGGGGUGUCAGUAGCGGUGGGUCUUGCGGUGUUUGCGUGCACGUUUUUGCUCAUCAUGCUUGUUGUCAUCAAUAAAUGUGGACAGCACUCCAAGUUCGGCAUCCACCGUUCGUCUGUUCUAGGCACUGAGGAUGAUCUGGCCGUGUCUCUCCGCUUCAUGAACUUCGGGGCAAGUCCUCUAUCUUCAGAUGAUGGCACACUGGAUUCUGGCCUGUCCAGUUUUGUAGAGAACCCGCAGUAUUUCUGUGGCAUCAUCAAAGAAAAAGACAUGUGUGUACAACACAUUAAAAGAAAAGACAUUGUUUUGAAGUGGGAACUGGGUGAAGGAGCUUUUGGCAAGGUUUACCUGGCAGAAUGUGCCAACCUUUGUCCGGAUACUGACAAGAUGCUGGUUGCUAUUAAGACCUUGAAAGUCGCCAACGAGUCCACCCGACAGGACUUCCAGCGCGAGGCCGAGCUGCUCACGGUGCUGCAGCAUGAACACAUAGUGCGGUUCUACGGCGUGUGUACAGACGGAGAACCUCUGGCCAUGGUGUUUGAGUACAUGCGACACGGAGACCUCAACCGCUUUCUAAGGGCUCACGGUCCAGAUGCUCGUAUCUUGGAUGAGAUGAAGGUUCCUCCGAUGGGUCAGCUGACCCUUCCUCAGAUGCUCCACAUCGCAGCUCAGAUUGCCUCAGGCAUGGUGUACCUCGCUUCCCUUCAUUUUGUCCACAGAGAUCUGGCCACCAGGAACUGUUUGGUUGGAGAAGGGCUGGUGGUGAAGAUCGGGGAUUUUGGGAUGUCAAGAGACAUUUACAGCACUGAUUACUACAGGGUCGGUGGGAGGACGAUGCUGCCCAUUCGCUGGAUGCCGCCAGAAAGCAUCAUGUACAGGAAGUUCACCACAGAGAGUGAUAUUUGGAGCUUUGGAGUGGUCCUUUGGGAAAUCUUCACCUAUGGCAAACAACCAUGGUAUCAGCUAUCCAACAGUGAGGCCAUUGAGUGCAUCACACAGGGACGAGAGCUUGAACGGCCACGUACCUGCCCGAAGGAAGUGCAUCUCCUCAUGCAGGGCUGCUGGCAGAGAGAACCGCAGCAGAGGCUCGUCAUCAAGGACAUCUACAACCGCCUCGUGGCCCUCGUCAAGAACCCGCCUGUCUAUCUGGACAUCUUGGAGUAGCAGCACAUUGUCGGCCCUGCAUGGAAAAGACAUGCUUCUGAUAGCAGGUUGUUUGGGCUGAGAAGGAAAGUCAUUGGUGGGUUAUGGACAGACAGAAUUCACAAACCGUCUCAUAUGUGCAUUAUGAACAUUUUCCGGUGUUUGUUGAUGUGUAAGAUUGUGUCCAUGUGUUUAAAUUUGAAAUGGACUGAGUAAAAGAACAGUGGAUACUUUGAACAUGCAUUAGUGGAAAUUGCUCAUGACUCAACCCUGAAGGGACACUAGAUUUUCUAUAUGAGGAUACUGAUGUCAAGGCCUUGUAAUUAAAGUUCAUUAAAGGUGAAGUGUGUAAUUGUUUCCCCCUAUCCAGAUUAAUAUUCAGAGACAUUGUAGGUUGAUUUCCCCAAUAAAUGUAAAAAGUGUGGCUCAGUUUAUUUGAGCAUUCCGCCCAGCCUGACCUAACAACAGUGCCUCAACCAAUGGCGUGAACUUGGGGGAGGGACUUGCUGUUUUGUCUGACCAAUGGGAGAUGGGAAGAGUGGAAACCAGGGCCUGUAUUACAGAAUUAUUCUAACAUUUUUUUUUUAGAAUGUGUUGCUCUAAUGGCAUAUACAUUAUAUACUUCACCUUUAACCAACACAAAGACUCUUUAGUUGUUGAUUUACAAGUUGUGCCAAGCUGACCGCAUUUCUUUUCAAUGUCUUGCAAUUAUGAAUAUAUUACAUCAACAUGUUAUGAGUGAUCUUCACAUGCAUGUAUUGUACAUCUCUCAAUGUUUAACAGCAACUUCCUGUUAUGGCUCCCGGGUUCUGCUUUAUUUCCUAAAUUAGAAGCAUCAGCAAGGCCAGCAACUACACGACAACAGUGGAAACACAUGGGCUGUGUACGGAAUGGGGUACUAACAUACUGCAUACUAUUUUUUUUUAAUUGAAACAGUAUGUAGUAUGGAACGGUAAACUUUUCAAGCAGUAGUUUGUCACAUGAAUUGCAUGCUUAAGGCAAGACACUACAGGUGAAUAUGGCAAUUGUAAACAAUAGAUAUCACCAUUCUUUCCCAUGCAACAAUGACAUUUUGGUGGCCUGAAGACGCAAGCUUUUGAAAACGAUACCGUCAUCAUCUCCAUGUAAACUACAAAAACGCAAAUUUGUGAAAACGGUGACGUCAUGCGCAUGUGUAUUACGUGUUCAGUCUAUAGGAGCGUAGUGUUUCUUUACAAAGUGACAUCGCCAACUACUGGCCUGGCAGGAAAAUACAGCGUUUUUAUUUUUUUUUCGCAGAUCCUUGUGAACAAAGAUCGUUUUGACAAUGAUGUCGUCUGUACACGAAGAAACCAAAGGAAAAACUUUUAAGUACAUCAUUGUCCUGUAAACAUACCCUGAGACAUUUGUUUUGUAUUAUCAGUUUUAUGAACGGUUAUGCUUUCCAGAACAGAAAUAUGAACAUUUGAUAAAGCCAUAUUUUCAAAA